GCGGGGCGCGGCGAAGAGACCACCCCCUGCUGGACUUGGGCAGUCUCGCGGUGUUUACCAGGACAGCGCCAUGUAGCUAUGCCGCACCAGAUCCCCUUCACUGUCGUCUUCGCCUCAGGCGAGGAGGAGCGCCAUCCGGCCAGCGAGCUGAACCGCCAUGAGCCCACGGUGCGGGGCUGGCAGUCGGCGCGCCACUGCAAGUACCCCCAGGAGCUGGUGCUGCGCCUGCAGCGGCCGUCCGCCAUCCGCAGGGUGCAGGUGCUCGCCCACCAGUGCCUCAUCCCGGAGAGGAUCGAGCUGUGGGUGGGCACCUAUGACAGCUGGCGCGGCGGGGCGGGCGGGGCCGCCCAGAACGGCCACCCGGCGGCGGAAGGCGACGCCGAGGACGGCGACCGGGACAAGGACGACAAGGACGAGGUGGACGCGGACACCACGCCCUUCCAGUACCUGGGCUUCAUCACGCUCUCCGACAACCAGGGCACGGGCUUCAAGUCGCGCGAGCUCAAGUCCGUGAGCGUGCCGCCGUGCGCGGGCAGCUACCUCAAGAUCCGGCUGCACCGCAACCACUCCAACCAGUACAACAGGUACAACCAGGUGGGCCUGAUCGCCGUCAACAUCCUGGGCGACGAGACGGACGCCGUGACGGCCAGCAACGGCAAGCUCAGCAGCCCCGCCUCGGACGGCCCGGGCCAGGGCCAAAGCGACGCCGCCGCCUCGCCCUACGACGACCUGGCCUUCCAGAUGUACGUGGACGAGGACGCCGCCAGGAUCAUCCGCGACAUGGAGGCCCGCAAGGCCGCCGCCGUGCAAGACGAGAGGUUCGAGUACGCGCGCAAGCUGAAGGCGGCCCAGGCCCAGCUGCACGCGGGUGGCGAGCGGCUCGCCAGGAUGACGCUGGACAAGAGGGCGGCCAUCGCCGCCGAGGACUACGGCAGGGCCAGGACGCUCAAGGCCACCAUCGACCAGCUGCGGGAGCGCCUGUACAAGGAGCUGGCCGUCGACGACCUCCUGGAAAAGGACGGGCCCAUCAGCAAGAACGACGAGAGCCCCGACGACGAGUCCUCGGUGGACGGCGGCAGGCCGGUGGACGAGCCCGAGGUGCCCCUCCCUGAGCCCCGGCAGCCCCUCGGCACGGGCCCCGCGUCCCCCAUGCACUGCGGGGUGCAUCGCAGCACCGCCACGCCGAGCCCCACGCCCACGACGCCCGCCAGGGGAAGCGGACUCCCCCGGCCCGUCGUAAACCCCCCCGCCAAGGAGGCGCCGCCGGCGGUGCGCAGCGGCGGCGCGGCGGCCCAGCUGGUGCAGCGCAGGCGAAUGAAGUCCGCCCCCGCCACGCCGGUCAGCACCCUGGGCCACGCCGCCGCCCCCAGCCCCGGGCCGGCGGGCGGGGCCUGCACGCCCACGGCCAGGAGCAGAUACGAGGACUACGAGGAGCGGGCGCUCCCGGCCCUCCGGCACGGCCCCACCCCGGAGCCCGAGCACGACCGGCCGCGCUCCAAGCUCAACGAGCGCGAGCGGAAGCAGGCCGCGCUGCCCAUCUCCGUGUUCGGCGUGGAGAUGGUGGAGAAGUUCUACUCGAAGCACUUCGCCGACAAGGAGGAGGGCCUGCGCCGCCUGCGCGCCGUGCUGUGCGACGAGGGCCGCGCCACGCCGCAGCCCAACAAGAAGGCCAGGGCCGCCAUCUUCCUGCUGCACCGCGCGCUCAGGGACAAGGUCUUCUCCGUGUACAGCCUGGCGGCCGAGGUGAUCCGCCUCUUCUUCACCAACUUCGUGCCGGACAGGGUGUCGUCGGCCGAGGUGGCGCGCUCCGUGGACCGCCUGCUGCCCGAGCUGCUGCUCAAGUCCGGCGACUCCACGCCCCGCAUCCACAACAUGGCCGUGCACACCAUCCUCAGCAUCGCCGACGUGGAGCAAGUCAGGUCCCUGAACGUGAUUCCCGCCACGCUGACGAGGCCCCUGCAGGCCGCCACGCACCCGCGCCUCGCGCUCAGCCGGCUGGAGAUGGUGGAGCAGCUGAUCCUGAGCCACGGCAUCUCGCAGCCCGGCACGGGCGGCUCCAGGGGCAGCGGCCGCGACAAGCCGGGGUCCGCGACGGGCGGCAGCGGCAUGACCUGCCGCACCCUGGCCGAGCUAGGCGCGCAGGGCCUGCAGCACCCCGCCGAGGCCGUCCGCAAGGUGGCCGAGAGGGUCCUGGUGCUGGUGUACCGCGUCAACCCCCGCCUCGUCCGCAAGCAGCUGCCCCCCGACGACGACAUCACCCGCAGGAACCUCCUGUACCGCCAGCUGUUCACCGACUUCGACGCCAUCGACGUGCAGAGGAAGCGAGAGAUGCAGGAGCGGCAGCGGGGGGAGAGCAGCGGGUCCGGGUCGCCCGCGCCCCGCCCGGCGGGCCAGGGCUGGGUGCCGCCGUCGGCCAUGAGCGCGUCCUGGCACCAGGGGCAGGGCGGCGGCCUCGGCGGCGUCCUGGGUGGCGCCACCCUGUCGCCCGCGCCGUCGCCGCGGCCCGGGCUGCGUCGCCACGCCGCCAUGGGGGCCAUGACGGCCUCCAUGAGCGCGUCCAUGUGCGCGUCCUGGACCAACGGCUCGUCUGGCGCCAAGAGCGGGUCCUCGUCGUCCUCCUCGGGCGCGUCGUCGCUCGCGUCCCCGACGGAGGCUUCAGCGGAGGCGGCGGCGCGGCGCGGGGAUGCCGACGUCAAGUCGUGCGACUUCUGCGGCGCGGUGUCCGAGACCUUCUCCUCGGACGAGGGCCUCAACUCGCACUACUGGCGGGCGUGCCCACUGCUCACGCGCUGCAACGAGUGUCAGCAGGUGGUGGAGAUCGCCUGCUUGGCCGUGCACCUUACAGAGGAGUGCGAAUUGCGGGCACUGUACCGACGGUGCGGUGGCUGCACCGAGGCCGUGCCGUUGCAACGCAUGCAGCUGCACGUGUCGUCGUGCGUCCCGCUGGGCCCGCAGUGUCGCCGCUGCCCGCUGUGCCACACGGACGUGCGGGUGACCGACGCGGCGUGGCGGUCGCACCUCAUGGGCCCCACGGCCAAGCUCUGCGCCGCCCACCCCCGCCUCAAGUACGCCCGCGCCGUCCGCGCCCCCGCCCCGCCCGCCGUGACCGCCCCGCCCGCGCCAUAG